AUGUCCGCACAGGACUUCGGCGUUGUUGCGAUUGUCUUGCCCAACCCAGAUUACGACCCCUCCAAUGGAGCCCGCAUUGUCAAUGACUCACUUGGCUUUGCACUGAGAGCUUCGGGUCUCAUUCGCACCCUGUCGCCCAACAAUCCUCAUCAUUACGAUGUCAUACAAGGCCUUCUCUAUACUCCCGCUCUUCCGGCGUCUAGUCCUUGUGACAACUCCACCAGAUCCCUGAUUCCACUUAAUGCCACGACACGGGCAGAAAUACCUCCGGGCGACUUUCCAUUGAUUGCGUUGGCACCAUGGACGGAACCCGAGUGCGUUUUCUCCUACCUCUCUGUCAUGCGGUCCGAUCAGGUCCGAGGAGCAAUAUUUUUUCAGCCUGGGGCUUCGGAUUCGCAACCUCCUCCCGUCAGCGAUCGCUCCUGGACACUUCGUGACGGUGGACAAUGGAAGUCCAACAAUGAGUAUCCAGUAUAUGCCGUACCUGGAAUGCUGGGAGCUUUCCUUUUGAAUGAACUAGCACGAUACUCAGGAAACAUGUCAGAGGUCCCAUUUGGUAGUGAGCUGGUGGAAAUUUACGACCCUCACGAUACUGUCAGGCUGUAUGCAAGAAUGGACGUCAACUCUACCAGCGGCAUACCUUCGCUAUGGGUGUUUUUAAUCAUCGUCUUGGCUAUCCUUCUGGCAGUGGUCCUGAUGACUUCGAUCGUCAUGCACAUGAUUCAACGACGACAACGACGCAUCCUCCAGCGCCGAGUGGCAAAUGGAGAGGUCGAUCUGGAGGCCUUGGGGAUCAAGAGGCUGCAAGUGCCACAAGAGCUAAUUGACAAAAUGCCAAAAUACACGUACCAUGCCAGGUCGGAGCCAAAUAGCGUCAACGGUGACGGGCCAAACGAAUCUGUCGAGCCGGAAACGGUUGAAACAGUCAAACCGGGGGUGGACAAAUCGAUGCACACUGACGCAAAAGACGCUGAUAGUGCAAUCGCCCCCGCAAUUGUGGUCCGCCCAGUUGCGUUCUCUCAGUCGACUUGUCCAAUAUGUCUGGACGACUUCAUCAGUGGAGAGACCAGCGUUCGCGAACUGCCUUGUAACCAUGUCUUCCAUCCGGAGUGCAUCGACUCGUUCCUCCGAGACAACAGCUCAUUAUGUCCCCUAUGCAAGAAAUCAUCCCUCCCACCAGGAUACUGUCCCGUCCAAGUCACGAACCUCAUGGUCAGGCGGGAGAGACUCAUGCGGAGGAUGCGGGCGCGAGCAGGUGCACAAGAAGAUUCAGCGAUAAGCAUCCCGAUGACUCGACUUCCUGCCCCGGUUCUUGCGCUAGCCGGCCGCUCCCUUCGGGGCAUGACGAUGCCGAUUGUGUCUCCUCAAAUUCCCCUGGAUCAGGCCAGGAGUGCUGGUGCGCCCAUAGAGGAUGGACCACCCACUCGCAGGCGAAGUACGGCCGAAGAAGAGGUCCCUGCUGAGAUUCGAGCCCAGGGCGUGUCCGCGAGGAGAGCGUGGUUACGUGAACGGCUGGCGCGUAGAGAAGCUCGCAGUUAUGAACAGCGGGCUGAUCAAGGUCGGGCGGCUGAGGAGUCAAGACCUCUCUGGCGCCGUGUUGCUGGUCGAUUGUUCCCCAGUCUUUGA